AUAACAAAUAUAGGCAUUGUUGCACUGACUACACUUCAAAUUAAGGAAAAAAACGUUAUUAAAUCAUUUUAAAUUCUACCACAAAACAUGUAACAACUACGUAAUUGGAAAAAGUAGACAAAAACUGCACAAAUUAUUUAAAGAAAAAAUGAAAUUUUCAUUUGUGCUCCUGCUAUUGUUGGUAAUUCGUUACAAUUUGGGUGCCGUUAUUUCAGACAUUGUGAGCUCUUGGAACAAGUCCGAGACGUAUCCAAAGAUAUGUACUCCCUUCAAUACAACAACGGCACAGACCAGUAGCACAUCGUGUCCCACACUCGCGUCUACAGACUCAUUAAAACAAACGCAAUUGAUUUCUCGACUCACAGCGCCUUGCCGUUAUGACCGUUUUGAGCCACCAUUUCCGGUUUAUGAAAAUAAUUGCUCAGCAAAUCAACCGCUAGAUAUUUAUCUGCGGAUUUAUGUUUAUGAUUUAAGAAUAACCAAUGCAGCUGAUGUGGAAUUGAAAAUAUUUGGCUUUUUACAGCUGCGUUAUACUGAUUUUAGAUUGGCCUUUGGAGUCUACGCACCAAAACGCUCGCAGCCAAUAUUGGGCGAUGCGCAGCUGCGUGAGAGAAUUUGGGUACCGCACAUACUAUUUGUGAAUGAGCAAGACUCCGCCAUAUUGGGCACCGGUGGCAAAGACAUUUCAAUAAGGAUCAUGCCUGACGGUAUGUUGACCAUAUCCACACGUAUUCAAGUGACACUGUCAUGUGCGAUUGGAUUAAGUAAAUUUCCUUUCGACGAUCAACAAUGCACAGCAGUGAUCGAAAGUUGGUUGUAUAAUUCGUCCGAGAUAAUGUUGCACUGGGAGCAUGAUGCGCCCGUCACUUUUGAACAAAAUUUGCAUCUGAGCCAGUAUAGCUUAGAAAAUACUUGGAGUAAUGAAACUGUCGCCCAUGCAAGGAAGGGUGAGCUGCGGUAUGCGCUGUUGGGUGGUAACUACAGUUCAAUAAGUUUUACAGCUUACUUGAAUCGAAAAUCACUUUUCUACACAAUGGAUUACUUUCUGCCCUCAAUAAUGCUUGUUUGCAUGUCGUGGGUAUCCUUUUGGCUACAAGCAGAUCAAACACCAGCCCGAACCACACUGGGAACAAGCACAAUGCUUUCACUAUUUACGCUUACUUCCUAUUAUGAGAAACAGUUCGGGCGUAAGAGUCAUGUGCAAUUUUUCGAAAUUUGGUUUUUCAGUUGUACGUUCUUCAUUUUUGGCAGCCUAAUGGAAUUUGCUUUUGUAAAUACCAUAUGGCGUCGUAGCGGUUGCUUGAGUCUGAAGAAGGUGAACAGUAAAUAUAUUUUAAAAUCAACAUUAACUCCAAAAGUUACGAAAAGAAAGUUUUAUGAUUGCGAAACGGAUGGUCGUAUCAAUUUUUAUAAUAGGAAUACUUGUAAUUUGCCAUCGAAUAAAGUUGAAAUCAACGUCAUUGGAACCGAUAGUCCAGACGCAAAUAAUCAAAGCAAAGUGAGCCAAGACGAUGAUUCAUGGUCGAAGAUGACUCCUCACGAGGUUUCACUUUGGAUUGAUCGUAAAGCAAGAUUCGUAUUUCCACUAAUGUUUAUUAUAUUUAAUGCUAUUUAUUGGGCUUUCGUGUUUUGCUCCUAAAUUUUUGUAAUUCGACAAUUAAAGAGUUCUUGGAUAUCUAUUAACCAAUUAA